AUGAGUGAAAAGAAGAGAAAGAGACAGGAGCAGAAUGGCGAGCGUCCGAAGAAGAAGACCGCGGUUGCGCCGCAGGGAAAUGUGUGCGUUCAGAUGGUAGAGAAUAAAGAGACUCUGGGUCCGCUUCUAGCUGUCACACCCGGUCUCAACAUCCCAUCGAAGCUAUCUUUCAAGCCAUACAAGCGCACCAAGAUCCUACCACAAGGCGAAAGCAGCGAGCUACUCUUUCAGUCAUCCGAUCAUCCUCGUCUAGACUACACCGCACAAGAAGAGCACGAUGGCAGCGCCGAAAGCCAGCUACAAGACUACAUUGGCGUAUUCGACCCUGCGACAAGCAAGCUACAAAUCGUUCCAGUCAAGAGAGUCGUUGUACGAAGCACACUGCGCAGUGAGGCACAAGAAAUGCGAGAAGAGCAGGACAAGUUGGACGCGGCUAUGAACACUGUCACGGCAAAGAGAGCUGCUCUCGCCGCAGAGUUUGGAUCCAAGAAAUCAAGGAAGGCACUUGAAGACCGAACGCUCAACGCGAUCAAGAGCGGCACUGGCGCCGAAGACGCCGCGAGAACCGACGCUGUUGCUGAGAACGUCCUACAGCAAAUGAACUCUGCGACAGCUAUUAUGCCAAACAAGGACGAUCUCGCAGCAGCCGUAGACAGCUCGAAACCCCGACCGACACCCAAUCUUGCAGCCGAAUACCCAGCCGACGUCUACUCUACAGAUGUCGUAGUUGGAAGCGAGCUAAUGACUAUCCUGGAUGUCAAGGACUGGGUGCAAUCCUCAGCAGCUGGCCAAGGUGUCAGCGUCCCCAGCAGAUACGUCGCGAAACGCAUCGUCAAGCUUGCCCAAAACAAGCAGAUACAGAAGCUCAAGGUCCUACGAUUCAUACUGCUUUGCAUCAACUUCAAUUCUGCAUUGUUUGGAGGAGGUGGACCACGCCCGAAGAAGAUACCCAUGAAAGGAAAGCUGGAGGCAGCAAUGGGUGAGGAUACGCCUGCUGGUCAAAUCAUGGCCAUUAGGAGGAAGUUUGCUCCCGAGGGAGGUAACGGCGAGAUGCCUCGUUGGAACAUCGAUAACCUCAUGACACACAUUGCGGCGGCGGCACUGAUUGUCGAUGACUUUGAGGUCGACGUGAAUGACCUCCGAGAUGACCUCAAGCUGGAGAACAAGGAAAUCAAGCAAUACUUCGCCGAGCUCGGAUGCAAGCUCACCGCACCCACACAGGCCGACCUCACACGCAUGAAGCUCACCAAAGCCGAAAGCGCCAAUCACUUCAUCGCCAAGCUGAAGCUACCGUUGUCAUUCCCCAGGGUAGGCGGAGCACGAGCAAAGAGACGCGCUUAG